GUUCUCUCGGGGAUCAUUAUAGACGUGAUACACAUAGGACAGCAUGGCUGAUGAACCUCCAGUGAAGAAAAUUAAACCAAAUCAACCCCCAAAUAAAGAGGGUGAAGAGAGAUUAAACUGGAGGAAAUGGAAAGGACAAAAGAAAGAGGAGAAGAGACAACGCAAAGAGAGCAAACUCAUCCAGCAGCUGGAGAAACAGAAGCAGGAGAAAGAGGAGGAGAAUAAGCAGCAGGUUCAGCAUGAAGAGAAGGAAAGUAAAGGUCGUGUGUAUACGUUGAGCGUGGCUUUGCCUGGCUCAGUGAUGGAUAAUGCUCAGUCCCCUGAGCUGCGGACGUACCUGGCGGGUCAGAUCGCCCGGGCCUGUGGUGUGUUCUGUGUGGAUGAGGUGGUCAUAUUUGAUGAGCUGGGCGAGGAGGACGCAAAGAGUGUUGAGGGAGAGUUCAAAGGCAUUGGAAAGAAAGGCCAGGCCUGCGUCCAGCUCGCACGCAUCCUGCAAUACCUCGAGUGUCCACAAUAUCUGCGGAAAUCUUUCUUCCCGAAGCAUCCAGACCUGCAGUUUGCUGGUCUGUUGAAUCCUCUGGACAGCCCGCAUCACAUGCGCAUGGACGAGGAGGCGGAGUUUCGAGAGGGGGUGGUGCUCGAUCGGCCUAGCAAACCGGGGAAAGGGUCCUUCGUCAACUGCGGGAUGAGGAAGGAAGUUCAGAUCGAUAAACAGCUUAAAAUGGGGCUGAGAGUGACCGUACAGCUCAACAAGAGCCAAAACAAAGAUGGGCGAGUGUAUAAAGGUGUAGUUGUGGCUCCUCAUGUGCCGAGGACUGAAGGUGGGCUGUACUGGGGAUACAGCGUCCGACUGGCUCCCUGUCUCAGCGCUGUGUUCACCGAGUGUCCAUAUAAAGACGGAUAUGAUCUGACCAUUGGCACAUCAGAGAAAGGAAACAACACCGAUCACGUCACUCUAUCUCCAUUCAAGCACAUGCUGGUGGUGUUCGGUGGUCUUCAGGGGUUGGAGGCCAGCGUUGAUGCCGAUGAGAAUCUGAGCAUCACUGAACCCAGCGUGCUCUUUGACCUUUACCUCAACACCUGUCCUGGCCAGGGCAGUCGCACCAUCCGCACCGAGGAGGCUCUAUUGAUCAGUUUAUCAGGACUCAGGGAGAAAAUCGCAGCUGUCUUUCCUGACCUGUCUAAAGGAUGACCACAGGAAGUACUUUUGAAGGACUAUAGGAAGUGCAGCAAGUUGAGCAGACCAAGUGUGCACUCAAAUCUGUCAAAUCAAAAGUCUUUGAACUUAUGAAUUUAAAGUGUAUACAACUUUUGCAUUCUUUAUCAAUGUACAUUUUGUGAAUCAUUUUGUAUCGACUCUAUUAGUUUGUGUCAGUGAACUGUCAUGAAUAUUGUUCCGAAACAAAUCAUGAAACUCAAGAAUCUGUUUCAAAGGUAUACAUUUAUUUUUUUAAGACAGGCAUGUAAAGAACAUUCAUAAUGAGUGAAGAGCAAAACAAUCAGCUCAUACUGUCAUAAUACUGCAACCAUGAGUAAUAAUCAUCAUUAUCAUAAUAAUAGUACAUACUGAUUUCAGUCUGAAACCCUGUGCAAAUCAAUUCAUCUUAAUAGAUUACCCACAAUCCCUCUGCUCUUGUGCUUGUGCAGACGGUUGAUUUUCAAGAACGUAAUCAAUGAAAACCAAAUAAAUACUCGGAAGGUUUCAACAUUA